CUUCCCCUUCCCCCGUCUCUCUCUGUCAAGGCAAAAAAAAAAGAAAAAAAAAAAAGAGGAGACAGUACAAAAAAAAGUCUGUGAACAAUGGUUUUGGGUAAGCCAGCUUUGGCGAUCCUCUUCCUGGCGACGAUCGCCGUCUCGUCGGCGAUAGACAUGUCGAUCAUCUCCUACGACGAGAAGCACCACGUCUCCGGCGGCGGCCGGAGCGAGGCGGAGACGGAGGAGAUGUACGAGGCGUGGCUCGUCAAGCACGGAAAGUUCUACAACGCCCUGGGGGAGAAGGACCGGAGAUUCGAGAUCUUCAAGGAUAACCUCCGAUUCAUCGACGAACACAACGCGAGGAACCUGACUUACAGGCUCGGUCUGACUCGGUUCGCCGAUCUGACCAACGACGAAUACCGAUCCAUGUAUCUGGGGGCUAAACCUCACAAGAGGACCCUCAGGACCAGCGAUCGGUACCUGCCGCGUGUCGGCGACGCGAUCCCUGACUCCGUUGACUGGAGGAAAGAAGGUGCGGUCCCUGAGGUGAAGGAUCAGGGCGGCUGCGGGAGUUGCUGGGCGUUCUCAGCGAUUGGAGCCGUUGAGGGCAUAAACAAGAUUGUGACAGGAGACUUGAUCUCGUUGUCGGAACAAGAGCUGGUUGACUGUGACACAUCAUACAACCAAGGUUGCAAUGGAGGUCUCAUGGACUACGCCUUUGAUUUCAUCAUCAACAAUGGUGGUAUUGACACCGAUAAGGAUUACCCCUACAAGGGUUCUGAUGGUCGUUGUGAUCAGAACAGGAAAAACGCCAAGGUGGUUACCAUUGAUUCCUAUGAGGAUGUACCCGUCAACGAUGAGCAAGCCCUGAAGAAGGCAGUUGCUAAUCAGCCUGUUAGUGUCGCCAUCGAGGCCGGUGGCCGCGCAUUCCAGCUCUAUAACUCGGGUGUUUUCGAUGGAAUCUGUGGAACAGAGCUAGACCAUGGGGUUGUAGCUGUAGGGUACGGAACCGAGAACGGAAAAGACUACUGGAUCGUGAGAAACUCGUGGGGGAAAAGCUGGGGAGAGAGCGGAUACAUAAAGAUGGCACGGAACAUCGAAGCUUCGACGGGUAAAUGCGGAAUCGCGAUGGAAGCAUCGUACCCGAUCAAGAAGGGUCAGAACCCGCCAAACCCGGGACCUUCCCCGCCAUCUCCAGUGAAGCCUCCGACCGUUUGCGACAAUUACUACACGUGUCCCGAGAGCAGCACUUGCUGCUGUCUGUUCCAGUACGGAAAGUACUGCCUCGCCUGGGGAUGUUGCCCGUUGGAAGCCGCCACUUGCUGUGAGGACAACUACAGCUGCUGCCCUCACGAUUAUCCUGUCUGCAACGUCCAGCAAGGAACCUGCCUUAUGAGCAAGAACAAUCCAUUGGGCGUGAAGGCAUUCAAACGAAUUCCAGCGAAUCCGAUCUGGUCGCAGGGCAGGAAGAACAUUGCUUAAGACAGAAGCCAAGGGAGACAUGAAGAGAUUUAUCUUCAUCUUCAUCAGCCUCUAUGUUGUAUUGUUCUUCCAAAUCUUGUAAAUAACUCGUUUCAGUUUAUCAUUUAAAAAAAAAAAGAACAGAUUGAUUUCAUAAAAAAUUAAGCAUUAUCAAAUUUAAAUUAUUAAUGUUAUUAUGCUUGUACCCUU